AUGACAGAUAAUGCUGAUGAUUAUUCCUAUGAUUAUGAAUAUUUAUACAAGAUCGUUUUGAUUGGAGACUCAGGAGUUGGGAAAUCAAAUUUAUUAUCUAGAUUCACACGAGAUGAAUUUAAUUUAGAAAGUAGAUCAACUAUUGGCGUUGAAUUUGCUACUAGAACAUUAGAAAUUGAUGGUAAAAGAGUUAAAGCUCAAAUUUGGGAUACUGCUGGACAAGAACGUUAUAGAGCAAUCACAAGUGCCUAUUAUAGAGGAGCAGUUGGUGCUUUAAUUGUUUAUGAUAUUGCUAAAACUGAAAGUUAUGAAAGCGUAAGUAGAUGGUUGAAAGAAUUAAAAGAACAUGCUGAUGCAAAUAUUGUCAUUGAAUUAGUUGGUAAUAAAUCUGAUUUGGAUCAUUUAAGAGCCGUACCUACUGAUGAAGCUAAAAAUUUUGCUAUGGAAAAUAAUUUAUUGUUUACUGAAGCAAGUGCUUUAAGUAGUGAUAAUGUUGAUUUGAGUUUUCAUCAAUUAUUAAAGAAUAUUUAUGAAAUGAUUUCAAAACAUCAAUUGGAAAAUAAUGCCGACUCAAAUAAACAAUCAACUUCUGGACCAACCAUCUCAUUGACUCCUGCUCCAAAAGAAAAGAAUUCAAAAUCUAAUAGCAACUGUUGUUAA